AUGGAGGCCUAUGGGUCAACACCGGACCGCAGCCAAUCCCAGAUGAGCUGUGUGGAGCGGUCUCCUGCUGGUUUCCAUAAGCCCACCCACUCCAGGAGCAGCAGCACCGCGUCCUCCCGUCAUUCACGGCAGAACAUAAAGGACUGGGAGGUUAUGGAGGACGUCCAGAUGGAUGUGGGGCCCAGCGGGGAACCUGCGCGGGACAUGAGCCCGCCGGGCAUCUGUGAGGGCUAUCUGAUGAAGAAGAGGAAGUGGCCUCUCAAAGGCUGGCACGAGAGGUACUUUUUGCUUGACAAUGGAAUCCUACGAUAUUCCAAAUCCAAACAUGAUAUCUCUAAGGGAAAACUACACGGCUCACUGGAUGUGAGUCUGGCUGUCAUGUCCGUUAAUAAGAAAGCCAGGCGCAUUGACCUGGAUGCUGGAGACAACCUCUACCAUAUGAAGGCCAAGAACCAAGACCUGUUCUACAUUUGGGUGACAAAGUUAAGCGCCCAUCGCAUGUAUAAGAGGAACGAGGCGGCCCUGGUGCACAGCGGCUUCCUGCAGGCCCUGUCUCAGGGAAGCUCCACCCUGCCCACCGUGGCCAGCCUCAGCCAGAGGAACGGAACCAUGCAAGACACGGCAUACCCUCUUUACCAGGGCGUACUGGGAUCCACCCCAGGGGAAGAGCAGGUUCCAGAGCUGCCGUCUGCGAACGCUGGCGUGAACAGAAAAGUGUCUGCUUGGCUACAGCAGACCCAGGACCCACAUAACUGUGCCCAAGAACUGAACCGCUGUCAGAUGGACCUGAGUGAGCUGCACCGGUUGGUCCAGCGGCUGCAGACACUGGAGUCGGGCCAGCCCAUGAACAAUGGGGAUCUGCAGAGGAUUAUCAGCAUGCAGAACCUGACGCUGGAGAAGCCCAAGAAGAAAACAGGCAAAAUCUGGGGUCACUCGCGCACCCUGUCACGGGUGGAGGCUCUGGGAAUGCCAUUUCGUGGGAUUACUAAAUCGCUCUCCUCCAGUCACCUGAGUGCCUCCUCUCACCUGGGCACCUCCGUGCCCUCAAUCCCCGACUACGUCUACAAUCAGCUGACCCCGUCCACCACCAACUCCUCAGAGACCAAGAAACUCCAUCAGGAUAUCUGCACCACCGCCCAGAAAGUCCACGUCUCUCUCAAGACCAUCCAUGAGCACCUGGGUCAGGAGCGGCAGCGGCUGCAGAACACCUGGUCCAGUCCUGACCUCCACCGCAAUGCGUCUCAACGGCUCACCAACCUCUGCAACCUGACCGAGAGCUCUGUGAGGCGUACGCCGUCUGUUCAGGCUCCGUCUGUUGCUGAUUCGUCGGCGGAAUAUUUUGAUGCGCAGGAUGACAUCCUGUGUGGGAGUUUCUCAGACGGUUCAGACGAGUCCGGCCUCAGCGAUGGAACCAGCAACUCCGAACCAGACGAAGGACACUUGUCCGUCACACGGAAGUACCGUGCGAGCCUUUCUAAGGCCCAGCAUAAACCAGUCCAAAUCCCCAAAAACACCGGCCGCACCAAACUGCCCGCCCACUGCCCAGACAACAGCCACGUUGGCCUCAUGACCAUUCUCUACAACAACAUCGGGAAGGACCUGUCGCGUGUCUCGAUGCCGGCCGCCCUAAACGAGCCCUUGUGUCUUCUCCAGAGACUGUGUGAGGAGCUGGAGUAUUCUGAGCUCCUGGACACAGCCCAUAACACAGAGGACCCCUAUCAACGAAUGGUUUACAUCGCUGCCUUUGCCAUAUCGGGCUACGCCACGGCUCAGUACCGUAACCGAUACAAACCCUUCAACCCCAUCCUGGGUGAGACGUUCGAGUGCAUACGCGAAGACCGCAGCUUCCGCUACGUCAGCGAACAGGUCAGCCAUCAUCCACCUAUCUCUGCCUGCCAUGCAGAAUCCAAAAACUUCACCUUCUGGCAGGACCAGCGGUGGAAGAAUAAAUUCUGGGGCAAGUCUCUCGAGAUUAUGCCCACUGGAAUGGUCAAUGUUACUCUCCCAAAGUUUGGGGACCAUUAUGAAUGGAAUAAGGUGGUUACCUGUAUUCAUAACGUCCUGAGUCAGCAGCGUUACCUGGAGCAUUACGGCGAAGUCAUCAUCCGUAACCUGAAGAGCUCUGUCUGCACCUGUAAGAUCACCUUCGUCAAGUCUCGGUACUGGGGUUCCGAUUCAAACCGAAAUGAGGUUCAGGGUGUGGUUCUCGAUCAGAGCGGCAACGUCGUGCAUCGUUUUGGAGGUUUUUGGCAUGAAGGGAUCUUCUGUGACACACUGCCCAACCCACAGUGCAUCUGGAAACCAAAUCCGCAGCCUAAAGACUACCUCCUGUACUAUGGCUUCUCUAGCUUCGCUAUGGAAAUGAAUGAACUCACGCCAGAGAUGAAGCCUUUCCUCCCCCCCACGGACACUCGCCUCCGCCCAGACCAGAGAAUGCUGGAGGAAGGCAGAGUGGAGGACACUGACAGAAAGAAGGAUGAAGUGGAGGAGAAACAGAGGGAGCGGAGGAAACUCCUCGCCAAAAGAGGAGAGGAGCAUGUCCCUCGUUUUUUCAGGAAAACUGUGGAUGCUGCCGGAAGGGAAGUAUGGGUGACUAAUGGAACGUACUGGAAGAUCCGAGAGAACCCGGGCUUCACCAACACGGAAAACCUGGAGCUAUGGUGA